UUACUGCUGCUGCCACCUGUUAUCGCAUGGAAGUGGUCCGAAUGUUUACACGCAGGAGUUGAAGUGAACUUAUGCCGAUGACUAAACCAGAAUGAUCCUCCAUACGUAAUUAGAACGCCUUGGCUGAUAGUGAUACAUACAAUAAAUAGUAAUAUCAAUUACUCAUUAUACUGAUGUACGUGUUGUUUAUAGCAAUCUGGUAUUGCGAGUCUUGGUCACAAGGUGCAAAAAUGGUAGAGGAUGUGGUAUAAUAAGCAGCCGUGCAAAAUAGCUGGGCCCAUAUGACCCACAUUUUCUGAUCAAGCAUGGGUUCUCGAAUUCGGCAGAACCCAAGCAAGGUGUUUGAGGUUUUUACAGAAAUUGCAGCUGGAACUGAUACAGAAGAACCAUGGAUUCUGCAGAAGUAUCCUGCGGACUUUGAUGAAAAAGAUGUCUUGAAGUCAUUGCCCCGGUUUGCUUUCCCAUGCAAGAUUGAUAGCAAUGCAGUGCAACUAUUUUCAUUUGUUGUCACAAACGUGGACAGUAAAUUUGCUUUUGGAUUCUGCCGUCACGCACCGAACUCUCAGACCUGCCUCUGUCUGUUAAGUUACCUGCCAUGGUUCGAUGUGUUCUUCAAACUUCUCAAUGCUAUAGCCGAUGCAAUCAAUUCCAGACAGGAUGGUGCGCUACAGCCAUUUCUAGAUAGUGUGUACCAGCACGAAGUUCCAUCGCCAGGCAAUCUGUUGGAAGCACAAUCACUAUCCCGGGGAUUCUCAUGCAUAUGCCCGGACACGAACACGUUGCCAAGUAUCCCGGAAAGCAGAAACUUGAUGGAGUAUUUCAAUGCUGUCGAUCCCGUGAAUAUGAUAUGCAUUUUUGCAAGUAUGCUGAAUGAGAGAAGGGUUGUGUUUACAUCGAAAAAACUUGGCAGGCUGACGUCAUGUGUUUUCGGUGCUGCUUCACUUCUUUACCCGAUGCACUGGCAACACAUAUUCAUUCCAGUUCUUCCAAUGCAUCUAAAAGAUUACCUUACGGCGCCUAUGCCAUUUAUUAUUGGAGUGCCGACAUUAGUGAUGGAGAAAGCUUUAAAGACAGAACUAGGUGACGCCUUUGUCUUAGAUCUGGACACCAAUCAACUGGAGAGUCAUUUCGAUGAUGUCGAAAACAUGCCAGGAGAAGUGGUGUCAUCAUUGAAAAGGCGGCUGAAGGAUCCAAACAACAGUUUUGGAGACGGCUUGGCGCGGUCGUUCCUGCACGCGAUGGUCCUCCUCAUAGGCGGUUACAGAGAUGCACUACGGUUCCGGCCUGGCGAAGUGAUCAGCUUUGAUGAGGACUUGUUUCUACAGUCACGGCCUGCCUAUCUACAGCCCUUCCUUGAAAACAUGCUGCAGCUGCAAAUCUUUCAGCAGUUCAUAGAUGAGAGGCUGGAGAUGCUCAAUUCUGGUGAAGGAUUCUCUGAUGAGUUUGAAUAUGAAAACAACCUUUAUGGAGACAAGGUGUUUAAUAGCAAACUAAAGAACCAGUACAGAGAUUGGAUGGUGAAUAUGAAGAAAGGUGGAGCCUUGUUAAGAAUAGUGAAAGAUAAGGUGAAAGAUAAGGGUAAGAAGACUUAUAAGGACAUUCGUACAAAGUGGCAUGAUAUCCAGUCACCUAAGCUGGACGGAGGUGAUCUGACAGUCUGCCACAAACUGGAUGCAGGAGCAUGUAGAAGUAGCAGUGCCCCUAGCAGUCCAACCAGCAGUAGAAAGACACUUGACCAGAAGGAUAAGCGAGUGAGUAGGAACUUGGCGUUCGGUUCACCACACCCGGUUCUACUGUCAGGCAAAAAGGAGGAACUUCUGAAGAGCUUUGAAAGGUCACGUCGCUACAAUGUGCUGAACGUUGACAACGAUGCGGACGCGGACGAGGCGGCAUGGCCGCGCGGCGGCGACGACGACGAUGACUCACCGGACUACAAGCGCGUCAGCAUGAACCUACUGCAGGAGAUGCACUCCAUCAUCUAUCCCGACACCGCCGCCGCCGACGACGGCGAGAAGGAGGACGAGGAUGAGGAGGAGACGCAGACGGACGACGCGUCUGGCGCGGCGACGCACGCUCGCUCCAAGCGAAGUCCGAUCAUGCAGCUGACGCGGCGCGAGGAGCGGGAGCUGAGCGUGUCGUGGACGGAGCCGGCCGCGGGGGCGCCACCGCUGCGCAAGUCUCACUCCGACGUUCCCCUCAUCCGCCUCGACUCGCUGGAGGAGGCGACGGCCGUCGCCGCCUUUGACCCGCUGCUCGGAGGCGAGAGGGCGCCACUCGCCGCGGCGGCGGCGGCGGCGUUGCCGGCUACGUAUCCGUUUGCGUCGUCGUACACUGCGGGGACGCUCGUCUGGCCACCAGGUGGCGCGUCGCGGCCCGCCGCCGAGCAGAACUACGAUGCGGCGACGCCGCAGGUAAGGGCAUCUCCGCAGCGGCAGAGUAUAGAGGGCGCUGGUUUGCCGCCGCCGGCGUCGCCGCGGGUCGUCGCUGCUGACAGCUCUCUCAUCGACCUCGGCGCGACCGAGACGUGCAUGGACAUGUUCGACCCACUAGGGGGCGCCGCAAACGCCUCGACAGACGCGCGGGACGCAGUCUCUCCGGCGGCGUUCUCGGCGCCGCCUAGCGGCGGUGCGGCGUCGCCGGCACCGUUCCGCUCGCCCGUGUCCGGGCAACAGGCGCCCCCUGGUGGUGCACUUCACACCAACGCAUUGUUCCAUUCGCCUGUGUUGGGGCAGCAGGCGCCCCCUGGCGGAUCGCCGCAUCGUGCGGCCUCCUUCCACUCGUCCGUGUCGGGGCAGCAGGCUCGCACGAGUGGCCUCUUUAAGAUUCUGCAGACGCAGCCGGUGAGCUCGCACAACGCCUUUGCUGGAUCGCGACCUUCCGCGGUCGCCGUUGCCGACGCCACGACCCCAACCGUCGUGCGGGGUCAGCCUAAGCCCCAGGACCCGGUGAAACCGGCGUGGGAGAAGUUUGACUAGCAUGUCCUUUUCGUGAUGUUUAUUAAUAUAUAUACGAGGAACGGAUGCGUCGACAAUGCGUGCGUGCGUGCGUGCGUGCGUGCGUGCGUGCGUGCGUGCGUGCGUGCGUGCGUGCGUGCGUGCGUGCGGGGCGUAAUGGAGUCUUGCAGACGAGGUGUUGCUGGAAUGUUUGGUGAAGCGUAUGGCGUGCGUACACUCAUACUCGUCUACAUACAUAGGUAUGAUGCCACACGCGCAAUUGUUUUAUUGGGGGAUUUGGCUUGAUAAGGAAAAGUUUGGGGUUUUCUCUAACGUGUGUGUGUGUGUGUGUGUGUGCGCGCGCAUAUGCAGUAAGGUGUGCCUUCAUGCAUAAUUCGCAGUAACGUUCAUUGGUGAAUGCAGGAAUAUCACAUCAUUUGACAGAAAUCCGAGCGUGUGCUGUAUAGCUACUUGUGUAGACAAUUUCAAUAAAACGGGAACCGUAUUGUUGAUGCAUUACAA